GCACCGCGGCUCCAUGUGGUGGUUACCUGUUUGGACUAAAGGGCCAGUUCACCAGCCCGAACCACCCCAGCAACUACCUUCCCUAACUAUACAAACUGUGCUUGGUACAGUCGCACAGGGGAGACCCAAAUCGUUCAGCUGGAAUUCCCCUAUGUCAGGUAAGUAGGCUCCUUAAAUGUUUAUGUAUACACUUGAAUCUGUGUGAAUACACUUAAAAUAUUCUUAAAUUAUAAUUACUUACCACUGAGCAAUAAUUUGUUUAUUUAAUCUGCCGGGACAGAUCAGUGAUCAUGACAUUUUACAUUUUAGUCAUUUAGCAGACACUCUUAUCUGGAGCGUCUUACUGUUAGUGCAUUCAUCUUAAGCCCCUAAGGUCGAUAUCCCACCCCUGCGGAAAUCUAAUUAGCAUAUUUUUUUUAUCCCCUUAAAAAUCUGUCAAUUUAAGCUAGAGAUAUCGUUUUUUUUGCAUUGGAUGCGUCUCAAUCACCGCAUCCGCCUAUGUCUCACUUCCGCAUCUACGGUGGAAGGUGACAGAGACAGAUAGUUUCUGUGGGAAAUAGAUAUGUCAUUAGGUUACACCCAAAAUAGCUGAUUAGGAAACCUCUGCACACUUAUGGUCAGUGCAAAUCCAGUGCCGAUAGACAAUCUAAACUCCCUUGAACUUUUUUCACAUUUUGUUGUGUUACAACGUGGGAUUGAAAUAGAUUUAAUUGGUCUACACAAAAUAUUCCAUAAUGUCAAGGUGAUAAGAAAAUUCUACAAACGUUUACAAAUUAAUACAAUUUUUAUAACUAAAAUAUACUCGCUGUAUAGUAUUCAUCCCCUUUGUUUAGGCAAGUCUAAAAUUAUUCAGAAGUAAAAUUUGGCUUAACAAAUCACAUAAGUUAUAUGGACUCACUCCGUGUGAAAUAAAAGUGGUUGACAUGAUUUUUGAAUAACUACCCCUUCCUCUGUCCCCCAUACAUACAACAUCUGUAAGGUCCCUCAAUCAAGUCUUGAUUUUCAAGUACAGAUUCAACUACAAAGACCAGGGAGCUUUUUGAAAGCCUCAUAAAGAAGGGCAGUGAUUGGUAGAUGGGUAACAAUAACAAAUCAGACAUUGAAUAUAUCUUUAACCAUGGUCAAGUUAAUCAUUGUGCUGUGAAUGAUGUAUUUAACCACCCAGACACAUAAAAUAUGUAGUCGUCCUUCUGAAUUGAGCUGCAGGACAGGAAUGGAACUGCUGAGGGAUGUCAACAUGAGUCCAUUGGUGAUUUAAAAAAAGAUACACAGUUCAAUGGCUGUGAUGGGAUUUUUUUAUUUUCAGCUGUGGCAUUCGGACCCGAGGUCACCAGAAAAAUCCCUGUUGCUUCCAAUUGUGGAGUCAGCAUUCUGUAACGACAGACGCUGGGAGACGAGAAGCAAGUACAGGGUUUGGUUUUAAUAAUAAAUAAACAUGAAACAAAACAAGAACAGUGUCUGGACAUGAUAAACAUAACAGCAUCAAUGCUGACUGGGGAAUGAACCUGAGGGAGUGACAGAUAUAGGGGAGGUAAUCAAUGACGUGAUGGAGUCCAGGUGAGUCCCAUAAUUAAGCGCAGGUGCGCUUAACGAUGGUGGCAGGUGUAUGUAAUGAUGAGUGAACUGGUGACCUCGAGCACCGGAGAGGGAGUAGAAGGGACAGAAAAAUACAUUACAGACAACAACAAAUACCAUUUACAUACAUUUAAAAACAUUAACAUGUAGUGUGUGUGUGUGUGUGUUGGGUGCUCAGCUAUCAGUUACACAUGCAUGUCAAUAUAUAAACACAACAGGUAGGUCACAUGGGGGAGAGGCGUUGUGCCAUGAGGUGUUGCUUUAUUUGUUUUUUGAAACCAGGUUUGCUGUUCACUUGCGCUGUAUAAGAUGGAAGGGCGUUCCAUGCACUUAUGGCUCUGCAUAAUACUGUACAUUUCGUUGAAUUUGUUCUGGACCUGGGGACUUUGAAAAGACCCCUGGUGGCAUGUCUGGUGGGGUAAGUGUGUGUGUCAGUGAUGUGUGUAAGUUCACUAUAAAAACAAUUUUGAAUUUCCAACACAUUGUUUCUUAUAAAACCAAGAAGUGACGCAGUCAGUCUUUCCUCAACUCUCAGACAAGAGAGUGGCAUUCAUGGUAUUCAUAUUAGCCCACUAAUUACAAUGAAGAGCAAGACGUGCAUCUCUGUUCUGGGCCAGCUAUAGAUUAACUAGGUCUUUCUAGCGCUGCCAAUGGUGAUUCUAACAUGAAUUGUCUCGGGGGGUGAAUACUUAUCUAAUCAAGGUAUUUUAGUGUUUUAAUUUUCAUUAAUCUUUUAAAAAAUAUAUAUAAUUUUUCUUCAAUUUUUGACAUAACAGGGUAUUUUGUGUAGAUCGUUGACAAAAAAUGACAAUGAAAUCCAUUUUAAACCCACUCUGUAAGACAAUAAAAUGUGAAGAAAUCCAAGGGGGGUGUAGACUUUCUAUAGGCACUGUAAAUCUGAAAUGUCGGAAUAAAUCUGAAAUUUGUAUUGAAAUUGCACAAAAAAACAAAAAAAGAGGACCAACUGCUGGAUGUUAUUUAGGAGAAGAAAUCAGAUAAUCAAUAAUACUUACCAAAUGUGGUCCAGUAACCUGAAACGAGAAUGUACGAGUAUUUGAGUAAAACUAUUUAAAGUCUUUGAGCGAAAUAGCCACUUGAAGCGCUACUACAACGCUAUAACCAUACCCAUAGUUACACACGAACAAUACUUACGAAUACAGAUAGACACCAAUAAACACAUAUACAGUGUAGUGAAUACAUUACCUUGAGCUCCAUGUGAGGCUAUCACAGAGCAAAGAACAAGAAGAGUGGUACCUUCCCCUUGACGAUGCCACAUUUCCAAAACAGGACGGCUUAUAUACCCAAAAGCAUGCAUUCAAACCUCCUUAUAGCACCCAUAAAGUCAUUGAAAGCUGAAUGUGAGAAAUCACUUAAUACUCAGUGUGUGAGAAAUGUCCCACCUGGGCUCGUGGUCAUAAAGUAGCCAGUUCACAUAGUGAACACAUUUAAUGACUUUCCGCAAACAAAAUUCAUGUACAUUUGGGCUACAGAAGGUCAGUAAAUGGUUUUAAGGAGUUUAUGAUAUAGCACAUAUGAAAGAAUUCAUUUUUAUGAUAAGGUGACGUACGAUUACUUAGAACAGGCUGAUAGACUGUCCGCAAAACACAAUGCGCGCCAUUUUGGCCUACAGAGGAGAAGUGAAUUGUUUUAAGGAGUUUGUUUAAGAUAGCUAGGGGAGACAAUCACAUUUCACAGUCAUAGUAAGUACAUUUUUCUUUAAUAAAGUAGCAAUGAGCAUAAUCAGUGCUUGUAAGAGGAGACAAGUGCGGGUGUUAGUGCAACAAGUAGUUAAUCAUGAAGUAGGUAUCAUAAAGUAGGUAAUGUAACAAUUAACAGCCUAUGGGAAAGGCCUAAACUAGUCACCAUCAUCGUAUUCCAUUCAUCUUUCCUGUCUUCGACCACAGUCUUGAGGGUGACUUCAAUUGUAGGUAUGAUGUAAUCUCUGUCUACGAUGGCCCUUCCACCAACUACCGACUGCUGGGGAAGCUGUGUGGAGGACAGAGCUCAACUUUUUACUCCACUGGAAGUUCAAUAACUGUGCAAUUCACAAGUGACGACUCCUCAACAUACAAGGGAUUUCAGGGAGAGUAUCAUGUAGUGGGUAAGGCACUGAGAUGAGGGAAACAUUCAUAAAGACAUUCAUUGCAUAGGUUGUCAGAGGUGGUAUUUUCUCCCUGAACUGAAAAUAGAUGCAAAUAUCGCAAAUCAUCAGGCCAUAUAAAGUGCUUUCUAUUUUACUCAUGAACUGAUACUGAUAUACACUACAUGUGUACUAAUGGUCUGUUCAUUUUAGCAGCUUGUUAUAAUUGCUGUGUUAUGAUCAGUGAAGCAUGCUUAAUCUGUUAGUUUCUCUUGUAGAUGGAGGUUCUUGUAGAUACAUCUGUGGUUAUCAGGUCGGCAACUGCUCCUGCUCAUCUUCCUGUGAAUACAGGGGAGACUGUUGCCAGGACUAUCAACGUAAGAGCAGGGAAUUAGGAUCAACUUUAGAAUAUUGUAACAGUGAGUGCUCUUCCUCCGUUAAAAUGUUCCCUUCGGUGCCAUUUUAUCUACUUUGUAUAGAGUACUGUCCUGGCACAAGCGCAGAACCCAACACAGAUGCUCCAACCGAAAUACCUGCAACCACAGGCAUUUCACCCCCAAAACUCAAACCUGUAAAACCUUCAGCUUUGCCAGCAUAUAGUUUGGUGACCUGUGUAGAAAAUGCUGACCAUAUCAAUAGUAAAAUGUGCAUGUUUUAAACAUUUGGCCUCACAAGUGAUAUUAUAGUUUCUAAAUUGCUUUCUGUCCUUCAGCUCAGGCUUGCUGUAGGUACAACUGUGGUUACUAUUUUGGAAGCUGUUCCGGCUCCAGCUCCUGUCAAUACUAUGGCUACAACAGUAUGAGUCUAAUACAGUAGAUCAGAAGGUUCAGAUAUUCUCUGUGAAAAAGCACACUACAAAGAUGGAAAGAAUGUGGAUACAUUCUGGGUAAGAAUACAAAUACUGUAUCUGCCACCAAGACUUGGGUUGCUCUUCAAUUCUAAAAUAAGUCUGCAAAGUCCCAGGUAAUCAGAAAAUAACAUUGUAACAGUGGGUGCUCUUCCUCCAUUAAAAUGUGAACUUUUGUGCCAUUUUAUCUACUUUGUAUAGAGUACUGCUAUGGCACACCUGCAGACACAACAGCAGCUCCAAGUCCUGUAGCAAACUGAGGUAUUUAUUCAGCUGUGUCAGAAUUUUGCUGUACAACUAGUGUAGUUCAACAAAAUUCACAUAAAUAAUUUUUCCUAUUUCAAAGCUUUUUGGAAAAUGUAACAUAAUGUAACAUUAAAAAAAAAUCAUAAAUAAUCAAAUGAGUUGUUCAUGUAUCAAAGCUUUGGUCACACAAAUAAAAAGUUAACUGGAUUUACAGGAACUUUGAGUAGGGCUUUCUGUCCUAUACAACAGUGGUCCUCUGUAGCUCAGCUGGUAGAGCACGGCGCUUGUAACGCCAAGGUAGUGGGUUCGAUCCCCGGGACCACCCAUACACAAAAAUGUAUGCACGCAUGACUGUAAGUCGCUUUGGAUAAAAGCGUCUGCUAAAUGGCAUAUUAUUAUUAUUAUUAUUACAACAGAUUAGAAUUCCUGUAGGGACAACCAUGGCUCCAAUGGCAUGAUCUGCUCCUGCACCUCAUCCUGUCAAAACCAGGGCAACUGUUGCUAUGACUACUAUGGUAUGGUAGAGAAAGAGAUGUUAAAGACUUUAGUUUCUGAUUAUUAACAGUGUGGCGGUGCUCUUUGCCUACGGUAAUGUUCAUCCCAGUGUUAUUGCCUCUUCUUCUCACAGGUUAUUGCCAGGGCACAAUAGACUAAUCUUUGGCCACAGCCACAGGUAUUUAUCUUCCGUAAUGUCGAUGUACAUCGAGAUUACUGACCUGUCACCUACGUAAAACAUGAUGACAAUAUAAAUAAAAAAUAAAUAAAAUAACAACAAAUGCUUUAAACUUUGGUCACAAAUGAAAAAUCUACUGGAUUUAGCCUACAGUAACUGUGAGUAAUGGGUCAUGCUGUCUGUCCUAUACAGAAGGUUAGGGUUCCUGUAGAUACAACUGUGGCUCUAAAGUUGGUGAUUGAUCCUGCACCUCAUCCUGUUGAUACUAUGGCAACUGUUGUCAUGACUACAAUGAUGUUAAAGAGUUGUCUUUGAUUUUUAGUACUUGGGAAGGUUUUCUUUGUCUAUGCUAAAAAGUGUUAAACAAAUCAAAAUAUAUUUUAUAUUUGAGAUUCUUCAAAUAGCCACCGUUUGCCUUGAUGACAGCUUUGCACACGCUUUGUAUUCUCUCAACCAGCUUCACCUGGAAUGCUUUUCCAACAGUCUUGAAGGAGUUCCCACAUAUGCUGAGCACUUGUUGGCUGCUUUUCCUUCACUCUGCCGUCCGACUCAUCCCAAACCAUCUCAAUUGGGUUGAGGUCGGGGGAUUGUGGAGGCCAGGUCAUCUGAUGCAGCACUCCAUCACUCUCCUUCUUGGUCAAAUAGCCCUUACACAGCCUGGAGGUGUGUUGGGUCAUUGUCCUGUUGAAAAACAAAUUAUAGUCCCACUACGCCCAAACCAGAUGGGAUGGCAUAUCACCGCAGAAUGCUGUGGUAGCCAUGCUGGUUAAGUUUGCCUUGAAUUCUAAAUAAAUAAAUCACAGCCAGUGUCACCAGCAAAGCACCCCCACACCAUAACACCUCCUCCUCCAUGCUUUACGGUGGGAACUACACAUGCAGAGAUCAUCCGUUCACCCACACCGCGUUUCACAAAGACACGGCGGUUGGAACCAAAAAUCUCAAAUUUGGACUCCAGACCAAAGGACACAUUUCCACCGGUCUAAUGUCCAUUGCUCGUGUUUCUUGGCCCAAGCAGGUCUCUUCUUCUUAUUGGUGUCCUUUAGUAGUGGUUUCUUUGCAGCAAUUCGACCAUGAAGGCCUGAUUCACACAGUCCCCUCUGAACAGUUGAUGUAGAGAUGUGUCUGUGACUUGAACUCUGUGAAGCAUUUAUUUGGGCUGCAAUUUCUGAGGCUGUUUUGGUUGGAUGGAGUUUUGGCCUGCUUGGUGACAUCACUAGGUGGUUAAUUAGUUAAUAGACCAAUAAGAAAGAGUUCCAAACCUCUUGGCCAGUAACAGCUAGUUUUCAGUUUUCCCCUCCCCACUCAGAUCACUCCCAGUCAGAGCUAGCAAAAAUGUUGCUUCAGAAAUUGUUCUUUGCUAAGAAGCUAUUUUUGUUUUCUUUUUGACCAUUUUAAUUGAAAACAAUCACAGUAGGUACUUAAUUGUUACUCAGUAAUGAUUUGAUAUUGAAAUAAAAAUGGCUGCAUUGGACCUUUAAAGCUUUGUUUGCACAAGUGUUGUUAUUUUAACUAACUUAGUAAGGACAUUUAUUUUGUCCUGCAGGGACUUCCUGUAGGUACAACUGUGGUUACAAUUUUGGAAGCUGUUCCUGUGCCAGCUCCUGUAAAUACUAUGGAAAUUGUUGCAAUGACUACAGCAGUAAGCGUCCGAGACAAACAGUAGAUCAGAUGGGUCCUGCUACUCUCUGUGAAAGAGCACACUGUAAAGAUAGGAAAAAUGUGGAGAAAUUCUGGGCACAAAUAGUAAUUCCUGCUGCCAAGACUUGGGUUGCCCAUCCACUCUAAGUAGGCCUGUGUAAAAUAUCUACCAGAUAAUCUGAAAAUUAUAUUGAGUCAUACAUUCAGUUAAUAUGCUGUAGAAGUGUAGCUUUAAACAAUGAAACCUGAACAAUGAAUACAGUAGUACCAGUCACACUCCCUAACUGACUUUAAGCACAGUUGCAUUUACUCCAGUUUGGUCUGGAUAUUCCUCAUUCUUAUGUUUUUCUUCACACAGCAUACUGCCCACCACCACACCAGAUAUUCCAGCCACAUCAGGUAUUUCAACUUCCCAUAACAUCCAUUAAAAAAGGGGAUUCAAUAAGCUGUAUAAUGACAGAAUAACACAAGUAGAUGUCAAUGUGUAACUAACUAAACCUUUCUUGACACUGAAUGUGAUUUACUGUAGAAUAUCUAUAGUGAAUCACAUUUGGUGUCGAGAUGUCUGACUCUUGAAUUCAUUAAAAUUGAUUUUGUGUUUCAUUUCUCGUCCCGAGUCUCAGGGACUCGCCCCACCUGUGGAGGAAACCUGCAUGGCUCUGGUUCCAUCUCCAGUCCCUACUUUCCAGAAUAUUACCAUGACAACACCUACAGUGUAUGGCACCUAUCAGCCCCCUCUGGCCAAAGGACCUUCCUGUCGUUUACUGACCUGGAAUGAGUUAAGAUUCCUCUUCAGAAAUGGUUCCUGUGAUUACCCUGGUUUGUUUCAUCUUAAUGUAAAAUAUUUGAGAAAGCUUCAGAUUGACAGUUCCCUUUCAAUAACAAUCUAAUGGAUUUCAAUAAUUCUGAAUGUGCAUUAAGACAGAUCUUGAAAUGGAGUUCACAUUGCUCCGACUACUCAGGGGUCAGCAGAGGCUUCAGGGCCAUGUUCAGCAGGUCCCUCACCAAACCAAGGUAGCCUGAGAGUGAUAAUCUGGUGCAGUUAAUCAAACACUGAUCAUUUAUCUCAGGUAUUAUGACAUAGAUAUUAAAGCUUAGGAGCCUCAGGUUGGUUUUAUUUAUGCUGUUGUGUUUCAGGUCGAGUGUACUGCUCCUCAGACAACAUGAACAUCGUGAUUCAAAGAUCCUACCUGAUCUCAAUGGGCUACGACGCCUACAACUUGUUCCUGAAUGACCAGCACCUCAGGUCAACAGCUAGCAGGUGGUGCUCAGUUUCCCGAUCAACAUCUGUGGGACCCAACGAAUGGUAAAUUAAUUCACCAAAAGCAAAGAGAUUACCACAUUAUGUUUGGUAUGUAAAAAGCCACAUAGAGCUCUAUCUAGUGUGCUGCAAAUCAUUUUUAUAUUUUAUGAACAGUGGAUAUAGUCACAUCAACUAGCAUCUACAUUUUCCAAUCACUUUCUGUUUCUUGUCCAAUAACUUUUUUUUGCCUCAAACUCUAAACAGUUUGAAAAUGGGAGAGUAGAUUACACCAACGCCGUCCGUGCCUACCGGUCCGACUCAGGUGAGAUCACACACCAGUCUCAUUUCAUGCUGCGAGUUGAGUGUCGUAUGGAGCAGGACACCAUGGUCCAGAUUAUGUACAAGGCCAAGCACGAUGGGGGUAACAGUACCAUCACAGGCAUGGGAAGAUUCAAUGUCACAAUGGCCUUCUUUCCCAGCAGCAACUUCUACACCCAGAUAGCCCAGACUCCAUACGAGAUUACCCUCAACCAGAACUUGUACAUCCAUGUCCGUCUGAGGAGGUCAGACAGCAGCCUACAUCUGUUCCUGGACACCUGUAUGACCUCUCCCUCCCCUCAUGACUUCCAAACCAGAUCCUACGACCUGGUGCGCAACGGGUAAGAGACAGGCACUGCUGACCUGCAGAGGUUGUUGUAGGGCCAUGAGAUAUUGCGGAGAAGGAAACAUUCUGGGUCCUAUACCUUAUCAACAAAUGCUUAUUCUUCAAGGAUCUUGAUAAAAUAAACAUUUGUUUCUGAUGCAUCCACAGAUGUAGGAGGAACCUGACCUACUACUCCUAUACCUCUGGUACCAGUGGCUACGCCUGCUUCACCUUCCAGGCCUUCAAGUUCCUGCGAGUUUGUGUACCUGCAGUGUAAGGUCACCAUCUGUUAGGCCACCGACUACAACUCCCGCUGCCGCCGAGGCAGCCGCACCCACAAGGCCAGGGACCCUCCCAGGAGAGCCACACCAUGGUCC